CUAAUAAAAUACAUGAAUUUAUACCUGCUAGAAGAAUUAAACAACCAUCUUACUCUUUGAUGGCAACGUGGCAAUAUGAAAUAGAAAAUGAUGAUUAUAUUGAAUUAGCAGAUAAUAUUAAAUUAAUAGAUCUUACUAACGAAGAAACUGCUUGGGUUAAAAUGGAAGAUAUUGAUAAUAUCUAUA